CAAUCACAUUCAAGAUGUCCCAGAGACCUGAGCCCCUCCGCCUCGGCAGCGUUGCCCCCAACUUCGAUGCCGACACCACUAACGGCCCCAUCAACUUCCACGAGUUCAUUGGAGACAAGUGGGUGAUUCUGUUCUCUCACCCUGAGGACUACACUCCCGUCUGCACCACUGAGCUCGGCGCCUUCGCCAAGCUCGAGCCCGAGUUCACCAAGCGUGGUGUCAAGCUCAUCGGUCUCUCCGCCAACACCGUUGACAGCCACGGUGGCUGGAUCAAGGACAUCGACGAGAUCAGCGGCUCCAGCCUCAAGUUCCCCAUCAUUGGUGACAAGGAGCGCCAGGUCGCUCUCGCCUACGACAUGCUCGACCACCAGGACGCCACCAAUGUCGACUCCAAGGGCAUUGCUUUCACCAUCCGCUCUGUCUUCAUCAUCGACCCCAAGAAGACCAUCCGCACUAUCCUCUCAUACCCUGCCUCCACUGGUCGCAACACUGCUGAGGUCCUCCGCAUUGUCGACUCUCUCCAGACUGGUGACAAGCACAGAAUCACCACCCCUAUCAACUGGGUUCCCGGUGACGACGUCAUUGUCCACCCCUCGAUCAAGACUGAGGAGGCCCAGAAGAUCUUCCCCAAGGUCAACAUCGUUAAGCCUUACCUUAGAUUCACUACUCUUCCCAAGGAGGAGACCAGCUCGAUUGCUCAACUCUCUGUCGCAAGCCACUUGUCCGGCACAUCGAGACGGGAUGACUAUGAGUCUUCCUCGGAGAUGGAUGCGAUGAGCCAUGCUUCCGGUCACCCCGGUCGCUCGACAACAGGCUCACCUGUUCCUCCUCAGACACCGAGUGCGGGCUCGGCUACAGCAAAUUUGUCUGGACUUGUGUGUAACGUACAUCGCACCACCGGAAGAGAGCCUCAUCCGCUCGUAGGAGCUACUACCACAAUUCUCGGUGACAAGUUAUACGUUUUUGGAGGUCGCAAAAUCUCAAAAUCUCGUCCUACUUUGACUUCAGAUCUUUACGAGCUUGACCUUCCCCGCAGACAUUGGUCCAAGAUCGAGACCAAAGGCGAUGUUCCGCCUCCUAGAUACUUCCACAGCGUAUGCUCUCUUGGAGACAACAAGCUGGUUUGCUACGGAGGCAUGUCGCCCGAAGGCGGUCCCGCCGCUCAGAAUGAGUCUCCAGACGCUCAGGUCAGCGUCAUGUCUGAUGUGCACGUGUACGAUAUCCCUUCACAUACAUGGACGAAGAUCAGCACAGGAGAGGCUCCUCAGGGCCGUUAUGCUCAUUGCGCCGCCAUUCUUCCCUCUGGAGCCGUCUUCGCCUCCUCUAACGCGCCUCUAUCCGCUAUACACCACAAUCCUUCUGGUCCUCAACCGAACUCGGGCUCAAUUGGUGUGGAACUGGAUGGAAGGGGUGGUGCGGAGAUGAUCGUCGUGGGAGGUCAGGACAGCAACAACCAAUACAUUGAACAGAUCAGUGUUUUCAAUCUCCGCAGUCUGAAAUGGACCUCGACUAAGCCCAUGGGUGGUCGUAGCUGUGGAGCAUACAGAUCUGUCGUCACACCUCUGGUCAGCAUGGAGAGUACUAAGGUUGGUGCAGGCCACGAGGCUUCAAUGGACGAUUACGAUGAUGACGACGAAGAUGAUGACACAGAGCUUAAUGCUUCCGGUUCAGCAAUGCUCAUCUAUACCAACUACAACUUCUUGGAUGUCAAGCUCGAGCUACAGGUCCGCAAUCGUGAUGGCACUCUUGUCGAUAAGCAGAUGCAGGGCACAGUAACGCCCCCUGGACUUCGCUUCCCCACAGGCGGUGUUAUCGGUAACAACUUUGUUGUAGCCGGCACAUUCUUGACAUCUUCAAAACAAGAGUUUUCUCUAUGGGCUCUGGAUCUUCGCUCAUUGACAUGGGCACGCAUCGAUAGUGGCAGUAGCAUCUUUAGCCAAGGAAGCUGGAACAGAGGUGUUCUAUGGGAGCGCAGAAACUCCUUCAUCAUCCUUGGAAACCGCAAGCGCAACCUGGUGGAUGAUUAUAACAAUCGUCGUCUAAACUUCAACAACAUGUGCGUGGUGCAGCUCGAGGCAUUUGGUUUGUACGACAACCCCAGAAAAGCCUGGCCUACAUCAGAUUACAUGUCAGCUAGCGCGCCGCAAUACCAGCCAGGCUCCGAAGGCUCGGCAGGUGGUAGAAGGCUAUACAGUGGUGCUGAGGAGCUGGGCGAGAUGAUGCUUCAGUCGCGUGAGCUUUGCGAUAUGGACUUCCUCGCUAUUGACGGCACUCGUCUCCCUGUCAAUUCACGCCUUGUUGGACGCAGGUGGGGUCCUUUCUUCAAUCAGCUCGUACGCGAAAGUGCUGGGCCCAACGAAAGUGGCGAGACUGCAACUCUCAGACCUGCCACAAUGGCGUCUCGCAACUCUAGCAUCACCAUCACGCCUACACUUACUUCCAAUGGAUCAACCCUCACAGCCAACAGCAUGACCGGUACCACAAUGACGUUAGAGCCCGCUGAUGUUAGAAACAUGCCGCCUAAUUCUCGUCCAAGAACUUUGUAUCUUCCCCACACAGUCCCGGCGCUUCAAGCACUUAUCCACUAUCUAUACACUGGCUCUCUUCCCCAGCAGCCUUCGCAUCUUGCAACACCUCAGAUCUUCUGCUCUCUGCUUCAGCUUGCUCGACCAUACGAGAUCGACGGCUUGGCUGAAGAAGUGACAGAGAGAUUACAUGAGACAUUGGAUGGUCGUAAUGCUGCAGCCAUCUUCAAUGCUGCAGCUAUGGCUGCUGGUGGCGGCAAGGGUGUCGCCUUCAAGGACAUUGGUACCAGUGUUCACCCACCUCGUGUACAGAGCCUUGCUGGUAUCGAGGGAUUGUCUCUCAAUGGUAACGGUGGUGGACGUAAUCCACUGCGUGUCGAUACCGAGAUGGCCAAUGGCCGCACCACACGUACCACUCUUCGUGGAGAAAGUUUGACCGAAGAGGACGAGGACGUGCCAGACUCGGCCUCCACCACUGGUUCAGCAUACAGCGUAACAAGCAGCCGUCAUGGAAGUCGCGACGAUGAGGAGGUUUGGGAUGGUGGUCAAAGCCAUGUUAUCGGUCUUCAGAAGCGCGGACUACGUGGUCUCAUGGAAGGUCGUCGCAUCCGUGAGAGAGGACGUAGUGAUGGUACAGGCACCGCAGGUAGUAUCACUGGCAGCAGCGUCACUGGUGGAAGUGUGGCUAGUGGCAGCAUAAGUGGACCAUCGGAUCCCAAGGGCCUUGGCUUGGGUAUCUCAUAG